UACCUGAAAAGCAAUCUUGCUUUCCUCAAUGCAAACCUCAACUCAAAUCUUCAAUCAUUAGUUCAUCUCUUCAAAAAAAUGGCAGGUUCCAACGUUUUCAUUUUAUUAGCUUGUUUCAUUUUGUUGGGUUUUUCAAGCAUGGAGGUCAGCCUAGCAGCUCGAAAUCUUCAGCAAGUACCAUUACCUUCACUUCCUAAUCCUAUCAUUGUUCUUCCACCACUUCCUAACCUUCCGCCACUUCCUAAUCUUCCACCACUUCCUAAUCUUCCGCCACUUCCUAAUCUUCCGCCACUUCCCAGAUUACCAAUUCCACCGCUUCCUAACCCUACCAUUGUUCUUCCACCACUCCCCAGAUUACCAAUUCCACCACUUCCUAACCCUACCACCGUUCUUCCACCACUUCCCAUAGUACCAAUUCCACCACUUCCUAACCCUACCACCGUUCUUCCACCACUUCCUCCUAUAUUGCCUUGAAUCCCAAAGCUACCAACAAUCCCACCAUCUUAGCCUAAGCUUAUCACUGUUCUUCCACCACUUCCCAGCAGCAGCUUGCCUUCCAUUCCUUUCAUGUCUCCACCUCCACCUCCAUCUAACUAUUGAAGAAAGUUUGAUUCCUAAUUAGUAUCACAUAUAUUACUGAGAAUGAACUCUGCCAUCACAUUCUCUAUGAUGUUAUUUCAUGAAAUAAUGAUGUAGCUUCUAUUUACAUUUUACAUAUAUAAUAAAGUGUGGGAUUUUU